CUCAGUGAUCCUCCUGCUCUCCGACGGUUCCCCCUCUUCCCUCUCUCUCACUGGAGGCGUCAGCUCGUGUGGAUGGAUGAGGACAGUGAUCGUUCCCAGAUUCCAGGUGUUUCCUCGGACAGUCCGCGGUCACUUCUCUGCGCUCUGAGCUCAAACUGGCAGAGGAGAGCACACACGGGCGGAGAAGAGACGCGCGUAAACUCCGCUGUGCGCCCUGGCCGCGCCAUGCUGCUCCUCUGACCGCCUCCGUCCCUCUCCUCCGUGGAUGAACUUUCUCGCCGGCUGCAGGGACGCUGCGGCCGCACGCGUUGAGAUCAUGAAGACGACGCGGAAAUGCCGCGCGCUGCUGUCGGUGGCCCUGAACCUGGUGGCCCUGUUCUUCUCCACCACCGCCUUCAUCACCACGUACUGGUGCGAGGGCACCCAGCGCGUCCCCAAGCCCAACUGCAGCAAGCAGCGGCGCCACAACUGCAUCGACUACGGUGUGAACGAGACGGACCAGAACAAGGUGCACUACAGCUGGGAGACCGGGGACGACCGCUUCCUCUUCCGCCGCUUCCACACCGGCAUCUGGUACUCGUGCGAGGAGAACAUCCACGAGGCAGGUGAGAAGUGUCGGAGCUUCAUUGAUCUGGCCCCUGCGUCGGAGAGAGGUGUGUUGUGGUUGUCGGUGGUAUCAGAGGUACUCUACAUCCUGCUCCUGGUGGUCGGCUUCAGUCUGAUGUGCUUGGAGCUGUUCCACUCCAGCAACGUCAUCGACGGACUCAAGCUCAAUGCCUUCGCAGCCGUCUUCACCGUGCUGUCCGGUCUUCUGGGUAUGGUGGCCCAUAUGAUGUACACUCAGGUGUUCCAGAUCACAGUCAGUCUGGGUCCUGAAGACUGGAGGCCUCACAGCUGGGACUACGGCUGGUCCUUCUGCAUGGCCUGGGGUUCCUUUACCUGCUGCAUGGCUGCCUCCGUCACUACCCUCAACUCCUACACCAAGACGGUGAUUGAGUUCAGACACAAGAGGAAGCUGUUCGAGCAGGGCCUGCGCGAGGAGCAGAACUACCUGGACCAGGAGGCUUUCCACUACUUUCGGGACCGCUCCCUCCAGUCCAUCUCCAGCACUGUGGAUGUCUACCCUGGACACAGCGGAGCCAGAGGCGGGAUCAUCGUUGGUGGUCCAGGUCCGGGACCAGGUCCAGGGCCAGGUCCGGGACCAGGUCCAGGUCCUGGCCCAGGACGGGGCAAGAUGAGAGCUGCAUCGGCCUCCAUAGACCUGGGGGAGAACACAGACUCUCUGGGGGAGGAGCAGUGCUGAGUCACGUACAGGAACGGGAAGGUGACACAGGAGUGAUGACUGCUCCUUGAGGUGUGGAGCCAGGUUUUUCCCACCAAAAUUGAAAGCACAGCAGCCCUUGUUUUCUUUUUGAAGAAGACAAUAAAGAGACUUGACGAAAGGAGACAUUAAAUGAAAUUAUACGAAUAUGUUAUAUAUAUGAAAUGAAAAUGAAUAUAAAAUGUGAACAACAGUGAAAUCAGGUGUUCUCCAGCAUAUGUCACAGUGCUAUGUGUAGCAUCAAAACAUUUUGAGACGUUAAAUCCUUUGAAAAUGUUGCUGUGGAUGGAGUUUACAGGACAAAGCUUAAAUGUAGCACAAGUAGAGAAAAAAUCAUUAUGUCUGAUUCAGUGAUGUCAGUUCCACAGCAAUAUCUGUCUGACGUUUGCUAACAGCAUAGAUGUGCCAAUCGUACCAGGAGUUCAUCCCCAAAUGUGUUUGACUGAUUACUAUCCAAGUUUAUUGUUUAUGAAGUCAAAAUUGAAUGUGUAAGUUUCACUUUAGUGGAUAUAUCUGUUAAAAUAGAUUAAAAAAUGUAAUAAUUUCUUAAGGAAGCAUUCUGCAGCCUCUUCCAGAUUCAUAAAAUGUUGACAUUAAUUUUGAAGUUGCAGGAGCCUAAUUUACAUACUGCUGAGUCAGCCAGAAAACUCUUGUAAAAGUCUUAGAACAUCACCACGAGUUUUGUGUUUUCGCAUCUACGUCUAAAUCAGCUUAAAAAAAUAGAAAAGGUGUUUAUCUCCUCGCUCCUGUUGGUUGAUGUUUGGCUAUCACUGUGCAAUGAUGUUUCUGUGCACAGUUUCUUUUUCACACUCACCUGGUCAAUUUCUGUAUUCUCUUUGGAAGUUUUUCCUGUUAAUCUCUGUUUUUAGUGUGACAUGAUGUAAUCUGAAAUUUGGGGAUUUUUAUGGUUGACACCAAAGAAACUGUUCCUGCCUCGACUGGAAAACAAAGAUUAUGCUAUUCUAUUCUAUUCUAUUCUAAUUCCAAGUCUUUCAUGGACUUAUGGUUAACCCAGUAUUUUUGUUGCCUUAACAUAACCAAACUGUGAGAGUUAACAACAGACUGUAUUCAAGGAUGGACGACAUGACAGCUCCCAAAAGUGAAGCUAAAUCAUCUUGAUCACCCCCUAGUGGCUGGCUGCAUUAUAAAUUAUAAACCCAGCCUCCUCCAUGUUUGCAGAUGGGACAUAGACCACACAAAAAAAUCUAAGUACAAGAUUUUUUCUCAAAGAUGAAUUCUGUCAUUUUAGGUAGUUCUAAUCACAUUGAUGUAUGUUCACAUGAUCUAAAUUUGGUUUUAAUACGUUUUUUGUUGCUAUAAAAAAAAAGCUAAGACGUCACGAUUGACAGCUGAGACUGAUUUGUGAUUGGUCAGACGUGUGAAUCGGUGGGGCCCUGAUAUCCUAGCUCCGUUCCCAAAUGGGGAACUAUGCAUAGACUCUGGCUCCAAAUAAUAUCAAAAGUGCAAAAUGCAGGUAUCCAAGAUAUUUUAGCUUCAGAUUUUGUACGACGGAAGGAAGUGGAGAAAUGUUGGCCAUAUUCAUAAGAGUUCCAUUCUUACCACACAAGGCCUGUUCUUAGUGUGUAUAAGCUAAACAGCGUUGAUGUGCUGUAAACAAAAAACAUAUGAUCUCUGCAAAUACUUUACGUCCUGCCUCCUGCCUGCUGUGCUGCCCUUCAACUGAACGCUCUGGAGAUUUUCCUGUUGUUGUGAAUGUAUCUGCUUGGAGAAUCUCCUGCUGUGUUCUUCAUAUGUGAAAAGGGAAACUUUUCCUGAGUUCAUGUCGGAAAACUGCUUGAUAGUUGCAGCUUCAAUUGUCAGAAUGAGGUCCAGCAUGUUUAAGGGCAUGCUGAACUGUAGAUGAGUUGAAAAGACUUAGAAGUCAUUAAAACCAGCGUUUUUAUUCUGGAAACUUGUAAAAUAUGAAGAAUUCUGGACAGAGUUUGGUGUAUUUGUUACAGCAGCAGCUCUUCUGGUUCAGGAAGCUGGGGAUCAUGGGUAAGAUCCACCGCUCAGUUGUGUUUCAAGUCAGUGGGUGGGACUACGAAGUCAGAGCUCCACUCAACACAUUUGUAGACUUAGUUUUUUUCUCUACAUUAAAACCACUUCAUCGCUCAGACACAGAGCCCAACAGAAUCAAUCACCACGUGUGGCUACAGAGGGCGCUGCUGCUCAGUAAAAGCUACAUAGUGUUGCUUUAAAACAAGUAAAACAUUAUUAAAAUCUAUCCUCAGUGAUACAGGUGGCCAGUGCCGUGAUCCUGACACUGGUGUCAUAUAUUCUCUUGUUGCAGGCGUUUUAGAGUCCAAUUACAAAAGUUUGAGAAAGCUUGUUAGCAUCAUCUAAAGAGAUUUAGAUUUUUACAUUGUUUCUCAGUGAUUUAAGGCCUUCUUUGUAAUGUG